AUGCUCACCGAAGCCGAAGACAACACGUUCGACGCACCGUUCAUUAAGUGUUUUGAUCUAGCAUCUGAGCAGAUCUGGAACAUGCUGUACUUCCCCAUUCUUCGGACGAUUGCAUUCAAAUGCCCACCAAGUGUGACCGCCAGGCUCAGCACAUCGGCCGCAAGGUUUCAGGGCUUCCUACGUAAGGUCGCGAAAACUGUGGUCAACUUCAGACAUUUGAAGGCUUCCGGCAAGUCCUUGGACCGCGAGAUUGUCUUCGAUGCCAUGCAACACCUCGACGAUGCAACAGUCGAGUCAGAAGCCGCGAACAUCUUGGUUGCAGGUUCUGAUACAACGGCAUUCACUCUCUCGACCGCUGUUCAGCAUAUGAUGAAAGACCCUGCCAUCUUUGUACAACUCAGAAAGGAACUGAGGGAAAGCGGCGUUGCGGCGACCCAAGAUUUCACGCUCGUGAAACUUGAGCAACUUCCGUAUCUGACUGCUUGUGUGAAAGAAUCAUUGCGCUAUGCCAUGCCCGUACCGGGACGACUUCCUCGAGUCGUACCACAUGGAAUUCAGCCUCUCGUGGUAGACGGAAAGAUUGUCCCCGCUGGAACUGUCGUUGGCAUACCCGCCUACAGCAUGCAUUUUGACGAGAGCAUCUGGGGCGAAGACGCCAGGAAGUUCAACCCCGCUCGUUGGCAGACCGAAGACGCGAAAGAACUCGAGAAAUAUCUCGUGACCUUUUCCAAAGGCGCAAGGCAAUGUCUCGGAAUCAAUCUAGCAUAUGCAGAGAUUUAUCUCACCUUGGCGAUGCUCGUCAGCCGAUUCCGCUUCGAACCGGAUGCAACCAUCACGGCAUCUGAUGUCCAACCCCUGGACCGUUUUGCCACUGAGUACGAAGGAACUGGGGUUCGCGCCAUGGUUUAUGAGGACUAA